UAUUGGAUGGUGUUCAUGAACUGAAAGUUCGCUGCAGUAAUUUGAUACUUAUUUCAUUGCAGAAGAUCUCUGGUUAUUUGAGCUUUUCUACUGAACGCCCAACAUCUAUUCAAACAUUCACAUUAUUUCGAUCUAACCACUCGGCAGUUCAACAGUUGGAGCGUGCAUUGAUGAAAUUGGCGAUUAAAUCGGCAAACGAAACAGAAACUUAACUGUUUCCAAACGUAUCUUUCACUUGUCCAAUAACAUUCACAAUCUCCAUCUUCAUCCUCUCUCCUCCAUCUUCAAUGGCUGGACGAAUGAAUAUCUUCUAUGCUCUGAUAAUUCUGGUUUGUUUGUGGGUCCAUGCAACUGCAGACAACCAGAGCUUUGUGCAGGUCAGAGAUGGGCAUUUCAGUAUAGAUGGAAAGGAAGUUUACUUUAGUGGAUUCAAUGCUUACUGGCUUCUGUAUCAAGCGGCUGACCCAUCCGCUAGACGCAACGUUUCAGAAGUUUUUUAUGAAGCUGCACAUAAUGAUCUUACUGUGGCUCGAACUUGGGCUUUUAAUGAUGGAGGAUACAGAGCUCUGCAAAUUUCCCCAGGAGUCUAUGACGAGAAGGUCUUUAAGGCUUUGGAUUUUGUGGUGAAUGAGGCGAAAUCAUACGGUAUUAGACUUGUUCUGAGUCUGGUUAAUAAUUACAAGGAUUUUGGAGGGAAGGCACAGUAUGUUGAAUGGGCUAAUAAAUCUGCAGGCCAAGAGGAUGAUUUCUUUACCAAUCCUACUGUCAAAGAGUAUUACAGAAACCACAUCAAGACGGUUCUGACGAGGGUUAACAGUAUUACUGGAAUAGCUUACAGAGAUGAUCCUACCAUUUUUGCAUGGGAGCUCAUCAACGAAGCCCGCUGCGAAACAGAUCCUUCUGGGAAGAUCCUUCUGGGAUGGAUCGAGGAGAUGGCUCAGUAUGUCAAAUCCAUUGAUACAAAGCAUCUUUUGGAGAUUGGGUUAGAAGGAUUCUAUGGUGAUUCAACUCCUCAAACGAAACAAACGGUUAAUCCUAAAGGUUUCGAGACAGGCACAGAUUUUAUACUCCACAACCAAGUACAAGGAAUUGAUUUUGCAACAGUUCAUUCAUAUCCAGACCUAUGGCUUAAAGGACAAGACGAGGAGGCACAGCUUACAUUCUUGCAUAGAUGGGUAGAUACUCACAUUAAGGACGCUGGUACAACACUGAAAAAACCUGUUUUAUUUGCAGAAUUUGGGAAAACCUCAAGAGACCCUGGAUAUAACGUCGCUCAUAGGGAUGGCUUGUUUCGUAUUAUAUACGAAGCCAUUGUAAAAUCUGAACCAGCCGGAGGGGCACUGUUUUGGCAGUUGUUUGCAAUAGGAAUGGCUGGGGAUCCUUUAGCAGAUGGCUACGAAGUACUUCUUUAUGGUUAUACUACAACCACAACUCUUAUUCAUAUGCAAUCUCGUAGAAUUCGGAAUCUCCCCUAUUGAAAAUUUAGCAAAGAACAAAACAAACUUAAUCCCUGCCGUCAAUUUGCAUGAGUUUUCUUUGUGAAGAUUGAAGUUCAAAUUGUGAAGGGACAUUUAGUGUGGAAUUUUAAGUUGUGAGUUGGUUUUUUCGUAAUUGAAUUCUAGUGUGGUGGUGGUUUCUAUUAAGUAGAUUUUUAAUUUGCGAUUCUUGGUCUUGUAUAGAUUGAUUUUAGUGUGGCUGUUUAAAAUAAACAAAUAUUAGUCUCAUGGUUGCACAAGCAAGAGCUUGUAAUGGUCUCAUGUUGAUGUCAUAUAAAUAAAAUAUUUGUAAAUGAUGAACAAUAUAAAAAAAGUGCUUUGACUUUU